AUGGCCAACACCUCAUUUUCUGUUGGCCAAUCUAGAGCCAGAAACGUGCAGUCAGCAACACGAUCUUCCACAAAAUCAACCUCGGCCUCUGUAAGUCGCAAUUCAGCACCGAUGCCAACAACCCUACGCAUUCACCAGGCGCAGCUCUUCUGUUACAGCAGCAACAGCAGCAGCAAGCCCAACAACUGUUUCAACGUCUGCAACAGCUGCAACGGCCUCAACCCCAUGUCCAACAAUAUCAGCUAG